CGUACACUGGGUCAGCCAGUUCCUGUGCUGAGCUGGGGAGGUGUGGGGCUUUGUGCCCUGUGCCCUGCACUAGGAGCUCCUGGGUGGGGGUGGAGAAGGCUGGGCCUGCCCCAGCGGAGGGAGAGCAGGCUGGAAUGAGGAAGUGAGCAGGGCUGAGUGCGGGCCCCUCCGUCUGGCUCUGGAAUUUCGGCAAUCACCAGAUCGCGUGCCCCCGCUCCCGGGCCACCUUGCUCCACUCACAGGCUGCGUUGCCACCCCCUUGCUCCUGGCACAUGUCGGAUCCCCCUGGCGCAGAAGCAGCCCUUUGCUCUCCAGCUUCUUUGGAUGCCAGCAGACUCCUGGUGUGUGGCACAGCCUGUCCCCUCUCCCCACCCACGGGGACCACCAUGCCUUCGGAGGACUCGCUGAGACAGUGCGGGCGAAGCCCCCAGCUCAGGGCCCGAGGGACAGCGAAUGCUGCUCCGGAGCUCAGAAGUCCAAAUGGGCCGGCAAGGCUGCGUCCCUUCUGCCGGCCCUCGGGGAGAAUCCGCUUCCUGGCUCCUGCAGCGUCUGGAGGCUGUUGGAGCUCCCUGGCUUGCGGCCCCUUCCAGCACCGCCCUCUGCUUCCCUUCCACGACGGUCGCCUGCCGCACCUGUGGUCACCCCGCCUCCCUCCCGUAAGGAGCGUUAGGAUGAGACUGAGCCCGCCUGGCCAUCCGGGAGACUCCCCAUCUCAAGAGCCUUCACCUCAUCACCCCUGCAAGUCCUUUUGCCUCGUGUGGCAGCCGAGUCACGGGUUCCGGGGAGGAGGAUGCGGCAUCUUCGGGAGGCCGCUGCUCCGUCUCCAUAGUUGCCGGCAGAAGUAGUCGCAGGAGUGCGCGAGUGUGCAGGCGCGGUGGCGUCAAGUACCGGGAACACGGCAACGGGCGGGAGUCCUGGCGAGCAGCAUGCGGCCACACCGAGCAGGAGGCCAAGGGCGAGGAGGGAUGUCCACGGCGUUUUGAACGAGAGACGCAAAUGUCAGAAAUUCACCAUCGAUGCUAUCCACAAACAUCCUCAUGCCUCUCCCCGCUCCCCGGGAGCGGGGAGCGCAGCAGCGAAUUAAGCAGGAGGGGUGCAGCCCCUUCCCGCGGAGAAUCCAUACACGGAAACACACGCGUGCGCGGAGAAGCCUGCGCAAAGCAAACACUGAACGCGCGUCGUGGGAGAGGACGCGCGCCCAGUGGAAGUGAUGAAGACUUGCCCUUUUCUCGUGGGGGCUUUGUCAACAAGUGCUUCUGGCUUCCGCUCAGAAGCGAACUAAGGUGCGGUGAUUGGCACGAGCUGGCCAUCCCGUCUCAUCCCAUCCCCUGAUGGUGAAACCACGCCAUCCACAGAACAGCAAGGAGGGAGAAAAGAAAAGAGGGAAGGAGAGCGGGAGAGAAAGGAAGAACAAGCCGACUCCUGUCAACGUGGAGAAGCCAGGGCUUGGGGGGCACUUGCCCACGCCUCCCGUGGAGCAGAGGGUCUCCCCCCCAUCCCAUUGGCAGGUGCUGCAGACACAAGUCUUCCUGUCCUCUCCUGGGGCACCCAGCCCUGAGCCUGCAUGCGGCAGGUGGGCGGGGGGGGCAUACUGUGGACCAGCCGAGUCACAGAUGGGCGAGCCGGCAAAGGCGGGUGAAGCCCGUCCGGGAGAAGCCAGCAUCAGGCCAGGGUUCUCUCUGACCCUGUGACCCCGUCUGACAGCAGCCACACCCACCAGCCUCAGUUCCACCCCCAGGUGCGUCUCCCCUCAUUUGUAACCAUUUUGGCUCAAAGUCUGGUCCUGCCCAAGCCCCCAGAACUACCUGGUUUAUUUGAGAGGUUCCUCGGUUUGAGGAUGUGAGUGGAAAUGCCAGGGUGCUUAUUUCCCCAGGGAGAACUUGUGGUUGGAUCCUUUUUUUGCCCUCAGUUGCUACCCCUGAGCUGGCCUCUCUGCCCUCUGCACGCGUCUCUGGGGCUGAUGCUUUGUGGCCAUCGGGCCCAGGGACCCUCGAUCCUGGGCACUGUCAUCUCAACCCUGUGAACUAAGUCCCCCCCGGUAAAGACUGUCUCGAAAUGGCAACCCGGCAGACAGGCUGUCCGGGAACACGGCCCAGGGACCAACCAAACAAGCCCGUGUCGUCUCGUUUUGCUCUGGGUUCGUACUGUUCCAGGAAAACAGGACGGGACGUGAGAAUCCGAAGCAGUCACAUGUUUUCCUCUGAGAACAGGGCUCCUCUGAUUCCUCACGAGGACGCGGUGAGAGCGCUCACUUCCCUUUAGUGCUCUUGGGCGCAGGUGGACACAGGAAAACAUCAUUUCAGUUUGUUCUGAUUUUCUCCUUAAGCACCUGCUCACCCUUCCUGGACCUGUGGUUGGACAAAAUUCAAACUGCUCCCGAGGCGUAGUUUUAGGUGACAUGUCCCUGCCCCCUUCCCGCUCUGUCCCCCCUCCUCCCUGUUCCCCCUCACGCACACCCUGGCACGUUUCUGCCCCAGGCCCUCGGGACUUGCGCUGCCCUCUGCCCAGAACACCCCCCCACCUGGUGUUCUCACGUGUCCUCCCUUUCACAGGUCUCUGCUCCGAUGUCACCAUCUCUGGGAGCUUCCUGGACCACCGUCCUUAGAACUGCAGCCCACCCCAUCCCAUCACUCCCGGCCCCCACCCCUGCUUUAUUUUUCUCCGUGGCACUUUCAAAUAGAUCACUUCCUUAUUUUGUGUGCUGUCUACCUCCUUCCUAAGGUGAACCCCACGAGGGCAUGGAUUUAUUUCCAUUUGCUUGACACCGUAAACCUCGUCCUAGAAUAAUGAUCGCAUUAUGUAUCCACCAUCUCAUAAACAUGCUAAUGAUUCCACCCCGCUCUUCCACGUCUAGGAGUUUAUCCCUGGGCGGUAAUUGCAGAUGUGUACAAAGAUAGAGUUAGAAAUGUUACAAAAGCCAAGCACUGGGAAUAAUAAGAGCUGACAUUUAAUUAGCACUUACCAUGUGCCAGCCCCUGCUCUAAACAUUUUAUGCAUGCAAAUGCCUUAACCCUCAAAACCACCCCACCACCCACCCACUGCUGUCUGGAUUUUAUAAGUGAGGGGAUAGGUGGAGGGACUAAAGGCAGUACAGCCAAGAUCUGAUGUGGGGCCCAUAUUCUUGACCACCAAGCUGUGCUCCAGCCAUUGAAAAUGAUGGAAUAUUUUGGUGGGGGUGUGGAGGGGGCCGGCCAUGCACCCCCAAAUUGUACACAAAUUGUGUGAUCAUACGCAUCCCUGAGAAGCAGCUGGUUUUAUCAGAUUCUCCAAGACCUCCAAGAGCCAGGGUUGUAGAAGAAUUCUUCUACAUAAAUAAAUCUGUGUGAACAUG